CGGCGUUAUUUACGAGUGGCCACGGUUGAAGCAAAGAAGUAUAAGGGGAGAGGCCGCCGAGAGGAAGCGCAGGAGAUGCCAUAAAGGAAAAAUAUAAAAAUCCGCAUAGGACUUGAAACUUCCGGAGGGGAGGAGAAAGGAGGGGUGUUCGGACGGACCACAGACGGACAGAUGUCUCGUCCGCUGCUGCUGCUGCUGCAGGGCAGGGGCAUACGUGCGCGGCCGCGGUGUUUGCCGGGACGGCUCAUUCAAGAUGGCCGCCGACUUUUGUACCUAAAGCAUGGCGCGGGCAGUUGAACCGAACUUUACAGCGCUUGACGGUGCCCUGGCGCUGUGUGUCGACGCUUGGGAUGUUUUACAGACUUUCUAGGACUUCACCGACGACACUGAUCAAUGCUGCCACCCACGAAGAAGUUGCCGCGCAAUGUCUAAGGCAAGAUAGUCACGGGGUUCGUUGGGCUCUCUGUGUGCGGCUCUUGACAAUGAAAGCUACUGAGCGCCCUUGAAAUUGGACCGUGUUUACGCCGCUUCUACGCUAGAGAAUUUUUUCGUAUUCUCCUCGUCACCUUACGGCGGUCGUUGGCCCCUCCUGGCUACUGUGACCGCGCGAUGUCUGUUGAUUUGAACAUGUUUUCUCAGGCUUGAAUGAAAGUGAAGUGGUAGUGGCCGGGCGCCAAUCGAGCAGCGGUCGCGAUGUCUGUCACCACCUUCGGUGUCCGCGUCAAAGAGGAGCCUGGAUCCUCUGGCCUUAGCUCAACCGAGGGAGUCUGUUACGUCUGCAGUAGUCACGGAGCUGAAUAUCCGCUUAAUUCGCGGCCCCGGGAGCGGGGCCCCUACUUCCCGUUCCUCGAAACACACAUCCCUCCCUUAGGCGCCGAGCGGCCGACAUCCGAAGGUGUCGUUCUCGCCUGCCCCGUGUGCUACUCCUUUCUUACGCAGCAGUGGGAAGCUCACGAACAAAAUGGCACUCCUCGACACAAGCGUAUGUACUGGCUGAAGCGUACUGACAACGGGCCCUAUGCGGGUAUGGAGCCCAGUAUGCAGGCGCAGGAGGAGAGUCCCGAGCGCAGUGCUCACCAUUCUCCUGCUGCUGUCUCUGCUGCCCCAGCAGCUUUAGACCUGAGCCUACCCGCAUCCGGGGUGACCGCCGCUGCGCCACCGGUGGUGAUAACUGCAUCAACGAGCAACGAGGCGUGUUUUAUAUGUGGCAACUUCAAUCGAAAUGGACCGUUAGCUAAUGUUUAUGCUAAGCCCAUCUCCAACUGCCCCUUCUUUCCCACACUGGUGUCGCAUCCGCAGCCACCAGGUGCCAAGCCCAUGGACUCGUCAGGUCGCGUUCAAGCUUGUGAACCGUGCCAUAAAAUGCUGUUGGAACAGUGGGACAAUUACCAGCGUUACAGUGUGCCCCACUCUGAACGACGUUACCGGUUACCUUCUCGCUCUUUUACCUGCUUUACGUGUGGCCUCGAGUGCCCUGUAAGUGCCCAGCGCGUGGUCAGUGCGGUUCCCGGACCCGACCAGCAGCCUGGAUUUCCUUUCUUACGCACCAUGGCCCCACCGCCGGGUGCCCAGCCACUCACACCUGCAGGCCGAGCUGUGGUCUGUUCCAUGUGCUUUAAGUCUUUGCAGCGCCAGCUUCGUGUUUUUGAAAUCUCCAAUGUGCCCGAGUCUAAACGGAACUUUAAGAUUUUGCAUGAGGGGACUACGACACCAACUGUCUCGCCGUCGCCAGCGAGUGUUCUGCGUAAGCAGCUGCUGUCCCCCCAGACCAAGUAUCUUGGCUGCUACCUCUGCGAAAAGAUUGGGCCGAUGGAAAGCCUCGUUUCUUGUGACACCUCGCCAGGUGCAGGUCCGCAUUUCCCAUUUCUGCGCGACGUGGCCCGACCCAUUGCUGCAAGGCCCAUGGACAACCAGGGCCGUGUGUUGCUUUGUGCUGAGUGCUGUACUGAGCUGCAGCUUCAAUGGGACGCGUUUGAGAGCGCUGGACUGCCAUUGACCCAGCGGCGUUAUCAUACCGCUCAUUUGACGUCGCCACCUUCAGCAUCGCAAGGUGCUUGUUUUGUCUGCUCUGAGCCAACGAGUGAGACCUUUCCUGUGGGAAGCCGGGAGGGUCCUGGUCCAUUCUUUCCUUUUCUUGAGUCACAUGCAGGUCAGGGUGCGCUUGACAGCACAGGCACUGCACGUGUGUGCACUUUUUGCUUCCACUCUUUGAUGGCUCAGUGGCUGGCCUACGAGAGCUCACCACAUGCCGAGGAUGCAGCAAGGGCAGCACGCCGAUACAAUACGCAUCACUAUGUGUGCUAUAUCUGUGGUAUAACCACAUAUCGGCGACGGGUGCGAACACUGACUGUGCGUGAGUUUCCAUUUCUGAGGGAGCAUCCAAGGCCAGCUGGUGCACUAACUCUUCGUGAUGGUGUAGUAUCAUGCCUCACCUGCUUCGAAUCCUUAAGCUCCCAGUGGAGGGACUAUGAGCGCAUGCGAGUUCCUGUUGAGAUGCGCAAGUAUAACUGGAUAGUCCUGCCUCCACCACCUGAGGAAACCAGGAGCGGAGGAUCAUCUCCAUCAGGCCAGGAGCAAGCCUUGUCUGACUCCGGCUUCCCACCACCUGGCGGUAAGCCACCACCCCUGCAACCAGCUGCUACAAAACCGGGCCACACAAGCCUGGCACUUAGCGCAACCCGCACCUCAAGUUUUGCAGCUGCAUUACGCAAGUUGGCAAAACAAGCAGUUGAUCCUGUGCUUGAAAAGGAUUCUGGGCCGGUGGUCUCCAUUACAGGAGGAAACCCUAGAUCACUAACCCCAAAACGAAGCUCUUCCUAUGGUUUGCCAUCUCCUAUGGCAUGUGGCUCUCCCCCAGUCAUGUCUGGUGCUCCUUCUGGUCUUCUUAUGGAAACGAGAAAAGCACUGGACCUGGGCAGCCUCAGCUCACAGCACGGCCAUCGCCUGGACCAUACGACCAAGAUGGACUCCUCUUUGUCCUCCUUAGACUACCUCUCUAGCAAGCACUUGACUGGACCUCCGAGUGGUGCCAGUGGCGCUGGACACAAGGGUGCUCCAGGAAAUGGUGAAGAAUGCCCCCGGGGCUUCCAGCCGUACCGGGGUUCGGCCGAGGAGCUACGGCAUCCCACACUGGGUACACUGCAUCCCAUGUCACCCUUUGAUGCUGGCGCCUACCCGUACCACCCAACACCAUUCCUUGCACCCCACCUUGCACAUCCUGGUUACAGGUUGGAAGACCCUUUGUAUCAGUACAAUUUGUUGCGACCGGGACCACCCAUGGUAUCAGCCCCGGCCAUGCCGCCCUUUUUUCGGUAUCCUGUGCAACAGCAAGCUCCUCCACAACAGCCCCCAGCCCAGCAACAACAGCGACAACAGUUGACGCCACCAUCUCUACCAGUGGGGCCUCCACGAACAGAUGAGUUCAAGGAGGAACAGUCACGGCUUUUGCUUCUUUCAUCGGCUAAGAGGACUUCUGACUCCCCAUCACCAUCCCUCAGCUCAUCUCAUUCUGGAGGAGCCCGUGAACCGUUGCGGAGCCCCCCAUCUCUGAUGACUCCCCUGAAUCUGGCCACAAGCCAUUCAGGGCCUCUUCCCCAACCCCAAGGACUACUCGUCUCUCAGCAGUCUUCUUCGGAGCAUCUCAGCCAUACGGCUAGUGCAGAGCCCUGGCGGCCACUGGCCAGCGAUGUGCCACCUCUCCACCACUUACACGUAACAAAAGAAAACUUUAAACCACUGCCAGCGUCUUUCACAUCUGCCAUGGCCCCUGCUGCUGUACGGCAGCCAGCAGCAGGCUCAUUGAGGCCGAGUCUUCCACUAGCGCAGUCUCCGCCACCGUCUUCCACAUCGAGCCCUGUUCCAGUUCGGCAUUCACCAGUGUGGCUUGAUGCCUCAACAUCAGAGCAGCGGCAAACAGAGCAGCACUACCCACAAGUGCGGAGCCUACUAGACUUGGCUGAGCAGCGCAGAAAGGAAGCACGGGCAAGAGGAAUGGCUGAAAGUGACUCUGAAGAAGAUGAUGACUGGGAAAUCACACUGCAGAAGCCAAUCAUUUGGUCUGGUCCCCCGUUGUGUCUCGAUCUCAACCCUAAAAAGUUACAGUUUCUCAGCAAUUUUGAGCUGACAAGUCACCAGAAGAAAAAGGAGCUUCAGUUAGAGCACUUUAUGCGACACUGGGCUCGUCUACAUGCGAGUGAGGAGCGGCUGUGCGCCACGCCACCCCCACAUCUGAAGUCUGUGGAUCAGGAGGAGCCACCAGCACCCUCCAUCGAGCAGCAGCAGUGCCUGUCUAAUGAGUUGUCGGCACGCAAAAAUGUGCGGGAGCCCGACCAACAACUUAAGCGACAGUUCCUGUUUUUGCUGGGACUCUCAUCUACUGGGACCAAUGAAGAUCGAGAAACAAUAUGGCGUGCUAUAGUAAUGGAGCGAUCCCGGCGCAAUGGUGCAGUCUGCAAGGAGAGCUGCCUCGGCAACACUAGUCAUAGGCCAGCCAUCACAUCAGCGGGGUACCUGCAAAGGCGUGCACUGAAGCGACAGCUGGCUGCUAGCAUGGAGUCACACCAGAAUGGUGUCUGUGCAACUUCUGAAGGUUCACCUGGCCACAAGCCGCUUUCUAUACAAGCUGCCCAGGGCAAGCCAUAUAGUCGGGACUUUGCCCAUGAGUUUCAUGAAUCAGUGCUGCAGCACAGCCAGCAACAGCAAGAACAGGAACAGCUGCACCAGCUCAAGAAGCGGCGUCAUCGGCCAAGUUACUCAAUAUUCCACACGAGGGCACCUUCAGUGACUGCACCAAUCCCAGUUGACGAGCCUGUGUUGAUGGAGCUGGGAGAGGAAGGCAGGGAGGACCGUGCUGGUUCUGUGCCAGCUCCCUUUCAGUGGCCUGGUGUGGAAGCCAUAAUGGAGUCUUACUCGCAUUACAGCCAGGAGCGCCACAUGGAGCGUGUGCUACUCACUGAUAGAGAACGGCAGCUGCGGGCUGAGCAGCAGCAGCUGCAAGAGGAAGCCCAGCGGUUGCGCAUUCGAAUGGCAGAGCUGUAUCAGAGCAAGAAAUGUUUGGAUGAGGAGCGCCAACAGCAACAGGUGACCAUCGACAAUCUCAAGAAGUGCCUCAGGCUGGUCCGAUAGAAGGCGCCCUCUGCCUUCCUUUCCUACACUAUUGUCCUGCAAGUCUGCAGGGGGACUCAUUCCACCCCAUGAGGGGACUACCCAUGUUAUAUACAUUUAUGAUUUACAACCACCCAUGGCACAACGUAUACAGGCAUCAUUUUAAGCCCCAAAACUUCUCUUUCGCUCUCUCUCUUUCUCCUUCACUCUCCUCUCGCUCUUCUCCCUUCAUUGAAUAAAAAAAAGCGUUUUUUAUUAAGCCGUUAUUUAUGAAAUAAAAGAUUGCAGCUGCGA